AUGAAGUGGGAGGACGAUGGCUACGCGCGCCGAGACGAUGAUGGCAAACCGGUGACGUUUGAAGAGUAUCAACAGAGGUCAGUCAGUGCCGCUGCUGCCAAGAAGAACAGGUGGAAUUUGACCAAGGGCGACCUCAAGCUGUUUGCCAUCACUGGGGUUGGCUUUUUUCUUGAUUCAUAUGAUCUGUUCAUCAUUAACCUGGUGACACCAGUAUGGCUCUACGAAUACUGGGGAGGGCUGGAUGGCCGUAAACCGCAUUACCCUCCUCUCCUCCGAGGUCUGGUCAACGCUGGUUCAAACAUUGGCAAUAUCCUCGGACAACUUGCAUUCGGAUUUCUGGGCGACGUCUUCGGUCGCAAGUUUGUGUACGGCAAGGAACUAAUCGUGGUGGUAAUUGGCACCAUCCUCACCAUCAGCCUUCCGAACCACAUACCGACACCCACGUUGAAGAUGAUAUGGCUCUUUUGUUUCCGAAUCCUGAUGGGCGUAGGCAUCGGAGGAGAUUAUCCCAUGUCGGCGUCCAUCGUCUCAGAGAGGUCCUUGCUGCCGAAGCGUGGACAACUAUUGGCAUGGAUCUUUUCCAACCAAGGUUGGGGCACACUCACCGGCUCCAUUGCAACGAUCAUCAUUCUCGCAUCCUUUAGUCACGCCCUGGGUGCCGAAGGGCACUACAACCAAUUGGAUGCAGUCUGGAGGAUUCAGAUGGGCCUUGGGCUCGUUCCAGCUUUUGCCACACUCUACUUCCGUCUCACAAUGCCUGAAGGUAGGAAGUACUUACAGUCUCGAGAGUUGAACCACUCGGCCGUGGCGAACCAUAACGGGGCCGAAAAUAACGGCUCCUCAAAAUCUGCAGCCGACGGGCCGGAGUUAGACUCACACAGCAAUGGCAGUGUUCGCACCGAUGCUGGCCCUGCUUCCAUUGAUACGACGACGACGGACGAUGCAAACAAGCUCACUCCCACCAGCAGCACCGAAGGCCGCACGAAGUACAAGGCCUUCUUCAUCCACUUCAGCAAGUGGAAGAACCUCAAGGUUCUCUUGGGAACGACGUCGACAUGGUUUUUGCUGGAUGUCGCCUUCUACGGCACCAAUCUGAAUCAAUCCGUCCUCCUCGACGAGAUCGGAUUCAAUACCGGCAAAAACGAGUACGACCUCCUGAUGCGGAACGCUAUUGGAAACCUGAUCAUUGCCGCGGCCGGUUACGUUCCCGGAUAUUUCUUCACGAUAUACUUUGUCGAGAAACUCGGCAGGAAGUGGAUCCAGAUCCAAGGGUUCCUGAUCGUCGCUUUGAUGUUUGGUGUCAUAGCUGGCGACUAUGGACACCUUGGGACUGCAGGCAAGUUCGUCUGCUUCGCUUUUGCCCAGUUCUUCUUCAACUUCGGCCCCAACGCUACCACGUUCAUUGUCCCCGCCGAAGUCUACCCUUCGCGGGUCCGUGGAUUGGCGCACGGCACCAGUGCCGCCGUGGGCAAGCUGGGUGCCAUUCUGUCUGCCCUGCUGUUCAACUAUCUUAGCGGACCGAACAUCAUCGGGCUCGCGAACGUCCUGUGGAUAUUUUUCGCGUGCAAUGUCCUGGGCGCUAUCAUUACUUUCUUCUUGAUCCCCGAGACCAAGAACAAGGAUGCGGACGUGGUCGACUAUGAGGAGUGGCAGGAGAGACAAGCAAGACUCAACCCUGAGAAAGUGUGA